AUGACUGCUCAAAGAGUCCCAAAGUGGUUCCCCUCUGAGAACGCUCCAGUUCCAAAGAAGACCAGAAAGACCGCUCGUCCUCAAAAGUUGCGUGCAUCUUUGGUCCCAGGUACUGUUUUGAUUCUAUUAUCUGGCCGUUUCAGAGGUAAGAGAGUUGUCUAUUUGAAGAACUUGAAGGACAACACCCUUUUGAUCUCUGGUCCAUUCAAGGUUAACGGUGUUCCAUUGAGAAGAGUUAACCCACGUUAUGUGAUUGCCACCUCCACCAGAGUCGCUCUUGAUGGUGUUAACGUGGAAAAAUUCGAUGCUGAAUACUUCGCUAGAGAAGAAAAGUUGAACAAGAAGCAAAAGAAGGAAGCUAACUUGUUCCCUGAACAACAAACUAAAGAAGUUAAGGCUGAACGUGUGGAAGACCAAAAGGUUGUUGACAAGGCCCUUUUGACUCAAAUCAAGAAGACCCCAUUGUUGAAGCAAUACUUGGCCGCUUCCUUCUCUUUGAACUCCGGUGAAAGACCACACUUGUUGAAGUUCUAA